AUGCCACCAAAUCUCCAGAAAAUGGUCACUCAUCCGAAAGACUCUGUCACUUACAUCGCAAUGUGUGGAGCAUCAAUUAUUGGCUACAAGAAGAAAGUUGUCGAUGAAACAGUCAGUGAUAUCAAGAAAUACGUCGACAAAUGCAUAAAGAACGGAUAUAUCGAGGAUGCAAUGUAUCUAGACAACAUUCUCAAACAGAUACAUCAAGAAAAGGAAGAAAUAAAGAAUGUCGAAAAAGAAGAAAAUGAAAAAGAAGUUGAACAGAAAAUAGAAUUCUAUCAAAGCGAAAUCCAAACUAAAGAGACACAAUUCGAGCAGAAAGCAACUGUUUUAGAUGCACAACAUCAAGUAGACAUGAGUGAUUUGGAACUAAAGAAACAAGAAGCUUUGGAUGAAUUAGAAAACGAAUGGAAAUCAGAUAAAAUGAUACAGAAAUACAAUAAACCAUCACCACAAUUAAUAGAAAUGCGCCAAACAGCAUUGAGAUUGAUGAACGCAAGGAGAUUUGAAGAAGCAGCACUUCUAAGCGCUCAAAUACAACAGAAAGAGGAAGAGGAAAGUCAACAAGCCGGAUACAAGAUGAAUGAAGAUUACAAAAUAGCUGUUGCAAGAGUAGAAAAGAAAUAUGAGAAUGACAUGAAGACAAUGGAAUUGACACAUGAAAAGAAGAAGAUUGGUAUAAAAGGAGAACUUGAAAAGUCUUUGAUUCCUGUUAAAAAUAGAUUGGCUUACGCUCAACAUGAAAAGAGUGUAAUUGAACAGAAAAAAGCAACUGAUGCUAGAAAGGAAAGAGCUAAUUUCGUUGCAUUAUCUGCUCAACAGAACUUGAAGAGACCUUCGCCAAAGAUAACAAUUCCUACAAUCAGCACAAAUAAGAAAUUGAAAUUACCACCUUUGAAACCGCGCCCACAAACAAGUUUGUUUAAUAAUAAGUAA